GAGGGAGAGAGGUGGGCACACACGGAGAGUUCACCCAAUACUACCGAGACGUUUCCAGUUUAGCGCACCGCCUCGGCGAAACGUCUAUCCCGGCUCUGGCAAGUGUGCUGCACCGAGCCUCAGUUUGAUCCAUCUGGAGGAGGGAGGGGGGCGGGCAGGCGAUGCAAACUGUACAUCCCUCUUAUUUGGGAAUUUUUGUUUGUUUGUUUGCUCAAGAUUGUAAAAUUGAGUGUCUGCAAGUGUUCACCAAGAAGUGUAUUUUUGGAUGGAAGUUUUUGACACACGUUUUAGCGCAUUCGAUUUUGACUUAAUUAGAUACAGUGAGAAAAACGAAGCUUGGACAUCUGAAGAGGAAUUGUACUGGCAUUCCAUUUAUAAACAAAGUUGUGUGCGUGUUUCUUUCCUCCAUCUCUCGUGGAGUGGACAACCGAUUUUUGCGCAUGGAUAAGUUUUUGUAGUGGAUAUUUGUUUUGUUCUCUUGGCAUUAUUUUUUCUUCUUCACGAGGAUUAUUGCCCUCGUCUAAUCUCCACUUCAGCUCAAUACAUGGCACUUUAUUUAUUAUUUUUAUAUUUUCCUUUUUGAAAAUCAGUGAUGCCUUUACGCGGAGGCAGCACUAACUGAUUUUUCAGCCCAGCCAAGCGAAAAAGAAUUGCUUCUGUGGAAGUGAAGCGCCAUCCACUAUUGAGUAUGAACUUAGCAAGUCAGACUUAUGUGCUGGUGGUCUUCCUCACCUCCACGGUCUUCAUAUGCCGGGCCCAGGAGAGAGACUACACAGUGAAGGAGGAGCAGCCGGAGAACGUCCGCAUUGGGAACCUGCGCAGGGAUCUCGACCUCAACUUGGACCCAAACAUCCGGCUGUCCUCACCCCUGCAGUUCAAGCCUGUCUACAAGACAGGGGACGUGCCUUUGGUGAGGGUGGAGGCCAACACGGGGGAGAUCUUUACAACCAAUCACCGGAUCGACAGGGAGAAGCUUUGCUCCGGGGUGUUCGCAGAGAAACGCUGCUAUUAUGAAAUAGAGGUGGCUGUCUUGCCUGACGAGAUCUUCCGACUGGUCAAGAUCCGCUUCCUGAUUGAGGACGUCAAUGACAACGCCCCCCUUUUCCAGUCCACGGUCAUAAACAUCUCAAUCCCAGAGAACACUGCCAUUAACACCCGGUACCCGGUGCCCUCUGCAUUUGACCCCGACGUCGGAAUCAAUGGGAUCCAACAUUACGAGCUGGUCAAGAGUGUCGGAGAAUUUGGCUUGGACAUCAUUGAGACGCCUGAGGGUGACAAGUGGCCACAGUUGAUCGUUCAGCAGAACCUAGAUCGUGAGCAGAAGGACACCUUUGUCAUGAAGAUAAAGGUAGAAGAUGGUGGCAACCCUCCCAAGUCCAGCACUGCUAUUCUGCAAGUCACCAUCUCCGAUGUCAACGACAAUCGUCCCGUCUUCAAGCAUAGCGAGUUGGAAGUCACGGUACCGGAGAAUGCCCCCACGGGAACAUCAGUUGUUCAGCUUCAUGCAACGGAUGCAGACCUAGGGUCCAACGCCCAGAUCCACUUCACCUUCAGUAACCAGAUCUCUGCCUCGACCAAACGUCACUUUGCCAUUGACAGCACAACGGGACUAAUCACUGUAAAGCAGUCACUGGACAGGGAGCUCACUCCUGUUCACAAACUUAUUGUUCUGGCAAGUGAUGGCAGUUCCACACCCUCCAGGGCCACGGUGACUAUAAAUGUUACAGAUGUUAAUGACAAUGUUCCCUCCAUUGACACUCGCUACAUAAUCAACUUGGUGAACGGGACUGUGCUUUUGUCUGAGAAUGCUCCCCUCAACACCAAAAUAGCACUCAUCACAGUUACAGACAGAGAUGCAGAUCUCUAUGGAAAAGUCACUUGCUACACUGACCAUGAUGUUCCAUUUCGGCUGAAGCCUGUCUUUAAUGAUCAGUUUUUACUGGAGACAGCUGCUCCCCUCGAUUAUGAGACAACUCGAGAAUAUGCAAUUAGGAUAGUGGCCUCGGAUAGAGGAACGCCUCCUUUGAACACUUCAGCUAUGGUUUUAAUUAAAAUCAAGGAUGAGAAUGACAAUGCGCCCAUCUUCCCCCAGCCCGAAAUUCAACUUUCCAUACCAGAGAAUAAUGACCCGUCCUCACAGUUAAUAAAAAUCAGUGCCACUGAUGCAGACAGCGGACAUAAUGCAGAGAUUAUUUAUACCCUUGGCCCCGAUGCACCCGAUGGGUUUAAUAUAGACAGACGGUCAGGAAUCCUUUCCGUUGGCAAACGACUGGACAGAGAGAAGCAGGAGAAGUACUCAUUCACUGUCAUAGGCAGGGACAAUGGUUCAUCGUCCCUACAGAGCAAUGUCACUGUCAGGCUAAUCGUUCAGGACCUUAAUGACAACAGCCCUGCUUUCACACACCCCGAGUACAACUUCUAUGUGCCUGAAAACCUUCCACUCUUUGGAACUGUGGGCUUAAUUACAGUGACAGAUGCAGACGCGGGAGACAAUGCUGUUGUAACCCUGUCCAUUCUGAAUGGGAAAGAUCAUUUCAUCAUUGACCCUCAAACAGGUGUAAUCAAGCCCAAUAUCACUUUUGAUCGAGAGCAGCAGAGCUCUUACACAUUUAUGGUCAAGGCAGUGGAUGGAGGUCAACCCCCUAGCUCUUCCUAUGCCAAGGUCACUAUAAAUGUGGUUGAUGUAAAUGACAAUCGCCCCGUGUUUGUUGUUCCUGCUUCCAAUUACUCAUAUGACCUCGUGCGGACCACCACCACCCCUGGUGACGUUGUUACAAGAGUGUUUGCCAUUGACAACGACACGGGUAUGAAUGCUGAGCUACAAUAUAGCAUUACCAGCAGCAUCAUCAUCACAUCUCGAGUCUCCCCUCGAGGGCUUUUUACCAUCGACAAAACAACAGGCAACAUAACACUGCAGGAGAAAAUUGUGGCGGCGGAUCAAGGACUGCAUAGGCUGGUUGUCAAAGUCAAAGAUCUAGGGCAGCCAGAAUCAUUACAAGCUAUUGCACUCAUUCACUUAUUUGUCAAUGACACUGUUUCAAAUGCCACGUUUAUCCAAGAACAGCUGCAGAAAAGUAUGGAGACACCACUGGACCGAAACAUAGGGGACAGUGAGUUAACACCUCAGGCUAACGGAUAUGUGAUUGUUGUCAUAGCUAUCAUCGCUGGGACUAUGACUGUCAUCUUGGUGAUAUUUGUCACUGCCUUGGUGCGCUGCCGACAGACACCCAGACACAAAGUGGUACAGAAGGGCAAGCAGAGUGGCGAGUGGGUGUCACCUAACCAAGAGAACCGUCAAAUCAAAAAGAAGAAGAAGAGAAAGAAGCGCUCCCCAAAGAGCCUCCUCCUGAACUUUGUGACCAUAGAUGAAUCUAAGCCUGACGACCCCACACAUGAGCAUGUUAACGGUACGCUGGAUCUCCCUGUGGAGCUAGAGGAGCAAACCAUGGGGAAGUACAACUGGGCCACCACACCCACCACCUUCAAACCUGACAGCCCGGACUUAGCCAAGCAUUACAAAUCUGCGUCCCCUCAACCUACAUUUCAAAUCAAACCGGAGACUCCGGUGGCCCCAAAGAAGCAUCACGUGAUCCAGGAGCUCCCUUUGGACAACACAUUUGUGGUGGGCUGUGACACGCUCUCCAAGUGCUCAUCGACGAGCUCCGACCCAUACAGUGUCUCAGACUGCGGCUGUCAGGGAGGAUUCAAGACUCCUGGGCAAAUCGCCACCCGACAGGAGACUGCACUGAAACCACCACACUAUGGCACACUCUGUGGCACAGGUACAGCUCGCUCCCACAGGAUUAAAAUCAAUCUCUAGCUCCCACUACCUAAAGAGAGGGAGAGAGAGAGAGAGAGAGAGAGAGAGAGAGAGAGAGAGAGAGAGAGAGAGAGAGAGAGAGAGAGAGAGAGAGAGAGAGAGAGAGAGAGAGAGAGGGGUGGGGAGGGGACAAAGAAAAGAGAACGAGUGAGGGCAGAAGGCAGGAAGUGCCAAGGUGAUCAAGUACUUUACAGCCGGUACAGCCUCAAAGCUCACCUCUUCAUACAGACAUGGAAGUGGAAAAGAGAGGAGAGAAAAAAAGGGGGUAAUGAGGAAAUAAGAGAGACGCUUAAUGUUUCCCUGCUUCAAACUUGACAAAAAUCCUCUUGUAAAAUGUAUUGGAAGUGUGACUUGUGUUUGAGUCAAAUGCUACGACCUUAAACUCCAGCACCCAUGCUGUACAAUAGGUGUCAAUAGAUCUGUAAAGUAUGUUUAUAUGUAUGUAUGUGUAUCCAAUACAGAGUUGAUGGUGUUUAUAUUUAUUAAGUACAACCAUUUCCUUGCCUUUUGUUUUUUGCAAAGUUGCCUAAUGGCAUUUUAUUGUCUUAAUUUUUUUCACGCAUUAAUUUUCUUGUGAGCUUGCUCUCAGAACUAAUGACUUAAUAUGUAUUUAUGCUGCAAGGUCUACUGGGCCGUAGGCUUCCGCUAGUGCACACAUCACAGUCAACUUGUUUUCACUUUUCACUAGUGUAGCCACAGAAAGCAAUUUUUAGUUCACCUACGACCCUACCCUCUAUUGUUCUGAUCGCAUUGUUAUUACUAUACUGGAAGAGGUGGUAGGACAAAUUUAAUACUUUGAGAUAAGCCACAAUCACAAGGGACUUGGGUUAUACUCAAAGGCUGUUUAUGUAGGGCAGAUUUGAAGAGCACUAAGCAUGACCUUUUGCGUGUCACUUUAAAUUCCCAAGUUGGGAAGUGGUUUAACCUGCUGAGAGAUAUUAAAAUGACUCCAGAUGGUUAAAUUGACAAAAAAAGGAAAACAUACUAUAUUAAAAAAAAAUCUUUAAAUAUUUGGUUGACAGGCUUAUAAGUGAAAGUAACUUGCUUGCACUUCUUGCACACACUUGCAGGAAUAAUUUUUAUAGUUGACAAGAACAUUGAGCACCAAACCUUGUGACCUCUUGUUCAGAGCAUUAUCAUCUUUCUCCACACAUCUCACAGCAUCACUAUGGCACAACUGGUCCCGAGUAGAUCAUUUCUGAAUUGACUGGUUGAUGUGAUCAACAUUGUUAAGUUAGUUACAGUAUGUGAAGCCUGUGAUGAAUCACAGCUAUAACCAUAGAAUAAGAUUUGUUAAAAUAGACAUAGCCAGUCAAUUAGAAAUGUACAGCCGAGCUGGACCAGAAAAUACAUUGUCUUUGGAUGAUGGACAUUUUUCAACCAGCAUCCUCUCUGAUAUUGUGCCAUGACUCAACCGACUAUGUCUAUUUUAAAGCUUUUAAUUGUAUUGCCUUUCUGUGGGGCAGGUUGUUAUUAUCGGAGGAGGUAUAUACUGUACAUGUAAUUAUGGUAUCAAAUGUAUUCACUUCUGCGUAGGAGCUACAGUUUGACGUUUCCAUAGCAUCCUAGUACUGUAAUGGUUAGAUUUGGCUGAUCUUUGGGGAAAUAACAACAACAAAAAAUACUUAUGACUUUGAAAACUUGUAUUGUUGUAAGAAAGACAGAUGACCUCACAUUUAUUUAAUGUGAAGUACAAUAUGCACCUUACAUGAUCUUUGUAUUUGACUUUGAUUUGCCAGUGUGGAGAAAACUGUAACUGUUUCAUGUAUGUGUGCGCUUCGAAAAUUUAUUAAAGUCUUUUGCAUUGUACUGCAAA